AUGGCGAUAGUGUUCUCCUCUCCCUCCUCGGGUAAUGAAAAGAACGAGGCCAUCAUCACCUUACGAAUUUGCAUAUGGGGCCCGCAUUCCGCCCGAACUACCCCUGGGCCGAGUCUUCCUACAAAACUGGAAUCCCUGUCCUCCACACCGGUCGGCGUGGAGGUAGCUAGGUUCGAAAAAUAUAAUUUGGACGCUGGUUGGAGAAAGAUUACUUGCGAGAAGGAUGCUAUCUCACCCGGCGAUGCGGACGGCUACCUGGCCGCAUUUUGGAGAAUCAAUGAUCACGCCUUUGGUCUUAUGAAACUGAAAUAG